UUGUUGAUUCUGUUGGGAUUUAACAUAAAAUAGCUUGAUUUUUUUAUUCUUUAUAUACAAACUUCUCUGUACAUCAUUUCUGUAAACAUAUGUAAUUCAUCUUUUGUUGAUUUCUGUCAGUUUCUCAGGAUUUGUGCUUGAAAAAUUCAGAUAGAGGACGUGUCCUUCUGUCGUAUCAUUUCAUCAACAUUAUCCUUGAUUUCUGCAGGACACAUUUGGAGUGUGUCUUCUUUUGGUUCCUUUUUCAGCGCUUUCAUCAUCAUCAUCAUCAUCAUCAUCAUCAUCAUCAUCUAACUGAAUUAUCUCCACUUACACACUGUUUAUAUUAUCAUAGAGUGAUGAACUACAGUAUGUCUAGAUACAGUGUAUGGUUUUCUUGUGUCCAUGUUGAUCACUGAACGGCUUCCUCAUGUCUCAGUCCACAGUGGUGUUAAUAUGAAGCUCAGAUGAAUGUAGACACUCAGGACUUUAAGAAUUUGUAUCGUUUCAUCACUAUUUCUGUUUUUCUCUACAAUACUAGAGAAAAACGGUUUUCUUUUCCACACAGAUGUUUGUAUGUUCAGAGUAAAUGUUGAUAUCAAACCCAUUUCUGCUCUGUGAGAUGCUCCGAGUGUUUGAUCAUAUAAAAAGCAGCUCAGAUUUCUCUUCAACACUAAAAUUCAGUGUAAGAUCAUCAACAGAGGGACAAACACACGAACUGAACAUCAGUGUACUGGUGUGUACAGGGUCAAGGAGGCGUGAACACACAUUUCACUGUAAAUCUGCACAUGCACAUUUUUUUGGUAAUGUACAAUAACCACAGUGAUGCGCUGCUCAGUAUAAAUAAGAUAGCAACAGUUAGCAAAACUCACUCCAGUUUCCUCGAGAGACAAAACGAGAGACAAAAGAGACAAACGAGAGACAAAAGAGAGACAAAAGAUGGCUGGUUAUGUGUGUUUUGGAGCUCUGGGAUUCGUUCUGCUCUUUCUGCUCUCUACUGCUUCUGGGGCCGAGGUUAAAAAUCUCAAGAAGAUAAUUGACCACCUUCAGAAAACCUAUGGAGUUAAAGAUCAGUAUGCUCUGGGCAUUAAUGUCCUAGAUAAAUAUUGUACUUCAGAUGACGAACCCGACAAGAACUUCCUGUCUCAAGAUAAAGCAGAACAGGUGGAGAACGGCAUGAAACGUAAAAAUCGUAUUUACAAUGGUAAAGAGCUGGUUGGUGCCAGACCAAAACAGUCUGAAGGUUACAAUAUACAUUCUGAGUAUCUGUUACUGAAAGGCUCCGAUCCCUCGCCCAUGCAAAAGCUCCUGAAUAAACGGGAAAAUGGCUGCACGGUUUUCUUCACCUUAAACUCCCCCUGUGUCGACACCUGCUCAACACCUACAGGACGCCACAGCAUCAUCUCAGCUCUCGACAUGUUCAAAAAUCACAAAGGUCCAAAAGCUUUUGUUUUCAAACACAUUUGGCAUCAUGAUGAGGGUAAGACUGAAUGGAAAGAUAACAUACUUGAGAUAGAAAAACGAAUUCCAGUCUAUCGCUGCGACAACAGUGGAUGCGUCCACUGCGUCACUAAUAAGGUAGUUAACACUCGGUGCUUCGGCUCAAAACAUUUUUAAUCGUUCUUCACUGUUCCAAAAGAAGAUUGAAUAAAAUCGCUUAAGAAAAGAAAGCUUGCAGCAAAACGGCUAAAAAAAAAUAGUUCCUGUUUGGCUUGUGUCACUUUUUUGCAU